AACAGUGCAAACUUGCGCUUAGUGUAUUAGUGUCUCAUAACAAUGACACAACUAUUCGGGAUUUUCCUAGUUUUUUUGGCUGUGACUACAUCUGAUGUUGGAAGCACUAGUUGUGAACCAGGAGAGAAUGUGUGCUCAAAGUGCUACGAUGUGCUUGUGAAUGAGAUAAUAGAAAGUGACAAGAAUCGAUUUAAUCUCCAACGUGCCUUCUUUCCACCCGACACAUCAUAUCCAGUUUUUGUGACAGUGAUAUACUACUUUACGAGAAACAUGUCUGGAAAUGGCUCCACUGAUUAUUCCCUAACUUCCCCCAACCAGACCUGGUUUUGGACGCAGUCCACUUUCUACUUGUUCCAACCUAUCCGGUCGCUUCAGUACACAUCUCUAUUUUUUUCUGACUCUGAGUUUCGUGAGACAACAGUUUUUUUGUACCUGCAGCCAGACUGUAUGAAUGCUGGGCUUAACAUGAUUAAGCUUCUGACUCAAAGACUAAAGCUGCUUGCAAUGCAGCAGAAGAUUCUUUCUCCAAUUACAGACAGCUACAGUGCUAAAGGAGAGAACCUUACAACACUGGAGAUGUUUCACAGAGGUGAGAACACAGCAGUUGCAUUAGGACAACACUUCACAAACUACGGAUUUGCAUUUCAAUUUGUCUUUCCUCUAGUCGUGAUGUUUUUUCUCUGUUGGCUGUCACAUCAUUUAGUUGAAAAUGACUCAAAAGGGUUCUUCAAAAAAAUAAGAAAUGAUCUAGAACCACCAAACGAAAAUGCCAACCAAGAAAAUGAUAACAUACAUGAUAUGGACAGUAUUAAAGUGUCAACAAGGAAUAUGUACAUUGUUAUUUUAGUGAUAUGCUCAGUAUCGUUCGUUAUGUACGUGAUAGUAUUGGACAUAGUAGCAAUUACGUUUCGGAAUACUAGAGUGUCUUCGGAAAUAUUCUUUAAGCCAACUCAAAAUGAGUCACAAUACAGUAAUGUGCUCGUCGCCUUUAAACUCGAAUAUUCUAUUCCAUUUCUCAUGUUUGUCUAUGAUUUUCUCAUUUUUGCGGCCAUGGUAGUAGGAAUGAUUUGUAAACGUUGUGGUGUGCGUAAAGGAAAGUGGUAUCAUAUCGGUAUAGCACCGAUGUCCUGUAUUGUUGUUCACUCUUACCACAUUCUAAUUGGCUUCAUCCAAACUCCACAUCAUGCUGCAAGCAUUCUUAUAUUCUAUGCAGUGACGGUUUUCAUCUUUUAUGUGACGUUCAAGGCUGCAUACUAUAAUCUAUUUGAAAUGCAUCAGAGAUUUAACAUUAAUGGUGACAAAAUGAUUAAAUUUUGGACUUGGGAAAAGUGUUGCCCUGCAUAUAAAUUGCCACAUCCUGUUGUACUGACAAUUAUGAGUCUUAUAUCAUUUUUCUGGUCUGGUUUUAUGGUAUUUGUGGUAGGGAUUUUUAUCCUUAUACCUAUCAACAUGGCUAUCGAUGAUGCUCCUGCACGCUUGUUCAGUAUCAACCAGACUGUCCUCGUGUUUAUCGGCGCUGCUAUCACCUACAAACUGUAUCAAAACCAUGCAGGUGCUCACAACAUCAUAGAGCAGUUAGUGAAGGCAAAUACAGAAUACUUAGCUACGAAUGGGAUCGAUGGUGAGCUUGUAGCGUGGAAGAAUUUGGAUAAAGUUGAUAAAGAAAUUAAAGUGGGGAAACUUAUGAUUGCGGCUUUACAUACUAUCAGCGCUCCAGCUUUGCAGCAACAAGGUUCCCAGCCUCCAGCUCCUCCAGCUCCUCCAGCUUUGCAGCAACAAGGUUCCCAGCCUCCAGCUCCUCCAGCUUUGCAGCAACAUGCAAGGUCGGCUAUAGCUGUCCAUCAACUAUAGCUUCAUUCAAACUAUAAAUACAGUUGGUACGCUAUUUAGCUUGUUUCUUGACUAAUGUUUUUGUUUCACAUUAGCCAUUCUAUUAGUUCUUUGUCUUUCAGUAAAAUUUGCUUUGAUAUAGUUUAGUGCCCGUGCACGUAUGUAAAUUAGUGGAAGUAAUAAUUUAAUUAUGGCAACUGUAUAGAUUUUUAAUUGGUAUAGAAAUUGAUGGAGAAAUUUUAUGACUUGG